AUGUCUUUUGACGGAGAGUUAGCAACCUUACGACGGCAAGUAGAAAACUUUCAAAAUCUUAAUGCUUUGGUUCGUGAACAACUUGAACGCGUCAACAAAGAAAACUCUACAUUAACGGACGAUAACAACUUUCUGCGCAAAAAGAAUAAUUCUCUUCAACAAGAAAUUACAACUCAUCACAAUGAAUACGCACGAAUUGAAUCUGAAUUUUAUCAACAAGGUCAGGAAGUGGAAGGGCUAAAAAAAAAAAAUGAGGACGUUUUGAGAAACACACAAGAAAUAGAACAGAAAUUGAAGGAAGAGUCCCAAGCUUUUGAAAAAGAUCAAGCUGAAUGGCAAAUGCGUGAAUCAGAAUUGAUUGGUCAAAUUAAAACUCUUCAAGAAGCUAUUAAUACUUUUUCGCAAAAGAAAAAUGGAAACAUAAGUUCUAAUGAUGAAGACAGUCCUCCUUCCUCACCUACAUCGCCUACAAAUUCGUAUCAUACUGCUGUCCGUGAAGCCAAGAUUGCUAAAAGAACAAUUAAAGAACUUGAAAGACGUGUUAAUGAUCUGAUGAGUGAAAUGGAAAACGUUGAACGUUUACAUACUAAUUCAAUAACUACAAACAAAAACCAUCUUGCCAAGAUUCAUCAUUUAGAAAAUGAGCUUGAUCAAGUUAAGCAUAUGAAUCAGACAUUAAUGGAAGACAGUGAAAGGUAUCAACUAUUGUUACAUGAAAAGACUAUGAGAGGUGAAUUUGUACUAAAUCAUGUCAUGCAGAGAAAUACAAAAUAUAGCUGUAUUACUGGAAAAAAGACAAAGUUCACAAAUCAAUAUGGUAAAUUCACUCAAGAUGAAACAUCCGCCAGCAUAAAUUCCAUUUCCAUAAAUUUGAAGGCCGAAUUAAAUCGUGCUAUGAAUGAAGGGAAUGAAAGGAUCGAAGGGAAUGACCACUCAAUUAUUGAAAGACUACAAGAUGAAAUAAAAUUACUCAAAGAUUCCAACAAGUCAUUGUCCCUUUAUAUUGAAAAGAUUCUCAAUCGUAUCAUGGAAGCUCAAGGUUUUGAGGAAAUUUUGGCUAAAGACUGGUCGGCAAAACCAACAACUCCACUUACUUUACCAAAAACUACUUUAAGUCAGGAACCUGUAAAAAAGAAAACGGAAAGACGAAAAACCUUUAGUUUUGUUUUAAGCCGUAGAGCAUAG